AUGUCUAAAAGCGUUCUUGGCUGUGUUGCCCUCAUUGGGCUUGUGAAUUCUGUUCAAGCUCAAGGUCGCUCCACCAGCGAAGCUGUCAAAGUCAAGUGGCUUGAAGAUGCGCCAAAAUACAACGGCGGUGUCACGUUCGGUUUACCAUGGGCGCUUGGGCAGUUCUCUGCCAAUGCAUCCACUUUCUCCGCUUCGUCAGGGAAUGGGGAUGUCCAAUUGCAGUCUUGGAUUAACGCGUACUGGCCAGACGGAUCGAUCAAGUGGACCGGCCACGCACUCGGUGCUUCGGAGUCGGCCUCAGAUGAAUACACUAUAACUGCGACUGGUUCGGGCACUGGAAAUGCAACUCGGCUGAGAAAACGAGCGAUAAACGACACAAAUGUUAUCCAGGUCACCCAAACAGCAGACAAUAUCCGAGUCAAUACCGGGAAGAUUACUGCGGAGUUUCCAAAAUCGGGCGAUUCGAUCCUUUCUUCCAUUAAGACAUCUAGUGGAAAGACCGUCGGCACCAAUGGUCGCUUGGUUCUUAGGUCUCAAUCUGGUGUUGGAGAUGAUGACAGUGGAGAUGCCGCCGCAGUCGACUACUAUAACUUCAUCAGCAAGGUUUCCAAUGUGACUGUAUCUAAAGAGACGUCCAUUCGCACCCUGGUGACUGUGCAAGGCAUCCACCGUCUUGAAGAGAAAUUAUCGGGCACGCAUAAAGAUUGGCUCCCCUUCACCGUUCGUUUCUACCUCUACGCCAAUUCUGAGGCCAUUCGAAUCGUUCAUACCAUUAUCUAUGAUGGUGAAUCUAAGAAUGACUUCAUCUCUGGGUUGGGUGUCAAGUUCGAUGUGCCGCUCGAGGGCGAGGAAUUCUACGACCGCCAUGUUCGAAUUGCCGGCGUCGAUGGAGGAAUACUGCACGAAGCAGUGCAAGGACUCAGCGGUCUCCGUCGGGACCCCGGCAAGAAUGUCACUGAUGCACAGUAUGAAGGCAAGAAGCUGCCAGAUAUCAGCACAUGGCCUGCCAAUGUUCGCACCCGCACGCAAUGGAUCCCCACAUGGAGCGACUACCGCCUUACCCAACUAUCGCCAGACGGAUUUAACAUCCAGAAGCGAACAAAGGCCGGUCAAAGUUGGCUCAAGAUUCCCGGAGGUACUCGUGCCGGCGGCCUCGCAUAUCUUGGUGGUGCAACCGUGGGUGGGCUUGCUGUCGGCCUUCGCGACUUCUGGAAGAAGUAUCCUACCAGUCUGGACAUCUCGAACGCCGCCACCGACACCGGAUCAAUCACCCUGUGGCUUUAUAGCCCUUCGGCUGAGCCUCUGGAUGUGCGUCCUUAUCACGAUGGUCUUGGAGAAGACACAUAUGCAAAACAGUUAGACGCUCUCGAGAUUACAUACGAGGACUGGGAAGGGGGUUAUGAUACUCCAUAUGGUGUUGCCAGAACCAAUGAGCUAUACAUCUAUGCCUUUGACAGCACUCCAACUGCGGAGAAGCUAUCUCAGCUAACGAACAACACCAACGAGCCGCCAGCUCUUGUCGCAGACUCUGCAUACAUCGCCGAAACUAAGGCUCUCGGUACUUACUGGGCCACCCCGGAAUCCACUGUCGGGUCAGCAAAAGCGGAGGCCCUUGAGUCACAAUUGGAUUUCCUCGUCAAGUUCUACGAAGGACAAGUAGAGCAGCGCCGCUGGUAUGGCUUCUGGGAUCAUGGAGAUAUCAUGCACACUUACGACCGGGUUCGCCAUCAAUGGAGCUACGAUGUCGGAGGAUACGCAUGGGAUAAUUCCGAACUGUCGCCAGAUCUGUUCUUCUGGAACUUCUUCCUCCGGACCGGCCGUGCCGAUGUGUUUCGACUCGCCGAGGCUCAAGCUCGUCACGGCGGCGAGGUGGAUUCGUAUCAUCUCGGAAAUUUCACUGGUCUCGGCACGCGUCACGGUGUUCAGCACUGGAGCGAUAGUGCUAAGCAAGCCCGUAUCUCCACGCCUAUCUACCGAAAGGCGUUCUUCUACCUCUCCGGCGGGGACGAGCGUACGGGUGAUCUGAUUCAUGCCGUUCUCGAAGCCGAAAAGGCUUUCGUCCUAGUCGAUGCUCGCCGCAAAGUGCGUGAUCCUUCCAUUAUCUAUACCCCCGAUCCCGAGGCUCUGUUCCUAAACUUCGGCACCGACUGGGGUAGCAUCGCAGCAGCAUAUCUUAUCGAAUGGGAACGGCGAGGUCCCCGCUGGGAAGAAUGUCGAGACAAGCUCAUCAACACCUUCAAGACCUUCCCGAAGCUCAAGAACGGCUUCGUGACCGGCGAAGCCCUCUACAACUCCCUUGACGGCACAUGGGCUCCUCCGCCCAACGAUCCCGAUAACGCCGGUACCGUCACAGUAUCCCAUCUCUCCUCCGUCUUCGGCGUCGUAGAAACCAUCGACGAACUCAUCACCCACUACCCAUCCGUUCCUCAACCUUUCGUCGACGCCUGGCUGGACUACUGCUACUACUACGGCGCCCCCAAAGCCGAACAAAAAGCUCGCUACGGCAAGGACUUCGGCAACCUCAACCUCAAACAAGGUCAUUCGCGUCUCACGGCCUACGCUGCUCGUGCCAGACAGAACGCCACACUCGCGGCCCGCGCGUGGAACGAGUUCUACACCAGCACAGACGGCCUCAGCCCGAAUGCCAGCUGGCAGACUGUCAGGAUCGAUGGCGAUAAGAGUCUGACUGUCGUCGACGAGGCGGAUUGGAUCUCGACGAAUGCGGCGGCGCUGUAUGGGCUGAGUGCUAUUGAGAAUUUGGCGAUUAUUGGGGCUGCGGAUAAGAUCAAUUUAAAUGUUACCGGUAGUGCUUAG